AUCGCCAAAUACCAUAAUGAACGUACGUGUACGUGAAAGUAAAUCUGUAAAUUUCUGAUAAGACGUUAUGUCCACAUACUGUUGCAAUACGUUGCAAAAUCUAUUCUGGACUGCGUGAGAUAUUUCAUUCAGAUUACAUGCUGAUUUACUGAAUAAUUGCUAUGGCCUCAGACGAGAGUUUAACUGCGAUUCAGACGCAAGCAAAAAAGAUGCCAUUGGAAUGGUUCAUCUUCAAUAGUUGCGAGCACCAUGCAUACUAUAAAGAAAGGGGCUGUUCGUGUCCAAUUUGCGUGAACGAUUUAAUCAAAUGGGUCGACAUGGAGACGGGACUGCUGGAAUUCAAGUACUUGGACGGACGGGGUGCAGAAGCACUGAGACGGAGCAACACUGUUGAAGACAUGAGCUUGUUCGAGUAUUAUGAACAAACAGCUGCACGCCAAACAAGCAGCUGCACGCCAAAAAAAGGAUCCUCGAAGAAAAACUUCAAGGCAGCUGUGAACAAAUGCUGUAGCAAAAGCUAUUCUAUCUUGGAGAGAGUAGAAAACAAUAAGGAACAUGUCAAACAGUACCGAUUUCUGAAAACUCGAGAAGAAAUUCAUAACUUAUUCAAUGGUGCCUCAAUUUAUUAUGAUGAAACUAGUAUUGAGGCAAUGACGUCCAGCAGUGGCAAUGUGGAGUCGCAGGUCUUUCAAAACAACGAUAGCGCUCAAGAUAUGGCCAUGGAAGUUCAAAGAGGUCAACAGGUUUCGGUUACCAACGGUGUCUUACAUCCAAGAAUAGGUAUGUCGUUUCCUCCACACCCAGUGCAUCUCACUAGCACUCAAAAUGUUUCCCAUGAUUCCAAUUACGAGAUGCCCGCUCAGCUGCCGCAUCAAAACUUGCAACAUGUCUCAAAUGGAGCAAAUGAAUUACCCAUAAUUUCUGGUACAAUGCUGGGCGACAACAAUUUUGACGCUACCUAUGGUCCGAACAAUUCAAGCGCUAACACGAUUCCAGAUAACGUUAACUUGGGUCCGAAUGGUUCAAGCGUUUACGCGAUUCCAAAUAACUCAAACAUGAUUACGGGUGCAACUGGUUCGAACGUGACUUUUGAUUCACAUACGAUGGGAAUCAAUUCAACUAAUACCAUGCAUUACACGAGAGAAUGGAUUAACUCAACUUCUGAAGGGCAUGGUCAUUUGAAUAUUAUUGCAGAGCAAUCAAGAGCAGAUGAAGAUUUUACUGGCGAAACUUGGAAUGACCUUUUACGCUCCAAUCUUAAACAACAAUACCAACAAAGAAAACUUCACGAGAACGCAAAUUUGCUUUUACGUUUCAAUCAGGAGAAAUCAUUAUUGAUAACGUUUCAUGGACGACCGGGUAGAAUAGACCAAACACCUAUGCUCACUGAACAAAUUGAUGGAACAGAGUUUGGAGGAUUUCGCAUUCUGCCUUGGUGUGACUCAAGAAACCUGCCAAUAAAAACAAGCAAUACUCAACAGUUUGGACCAACCACAGACAUUGCAAAAACAGUGCAGGCUCUACUUCGGUUUGAAGGCUACACUUAAAUCAGAUUCCCCAAAUCAUCACAUGCGCUUCGAAAUUCGCAAUUUGUUCAUUGAACACAUCUUGUGUCAAAAUCAACUUCGAGGGAUUGACGAUGGGAUAUCGACAGUGACAGGAAAUUUGGAAGCUUUAUCCAUCAGCCAAUCAUAAAGUGCAGCUAGAAAUGCCUAUUGGACUUUAACUUCUGGCGCUAACGUAAACGAUUGUUUUCUGUUAUACGUUUCCUAAAAAUGGAAACAGCUGCUGACAGAGACAUAUUUUUUUGGGUUUUGAUUAAUUUUAACUGAUCACCAGAUUUAUAAAAAAUAAUUCGAUUAAAGAGAGAAUUGAACAUUUGAGCAAAUGCUAAUUUUAUUUCUUGAAACGAAUCCCCCUUUGCAAAACGGAGGAAUAGUUAACAAGAUGCAAACGAAGUAAUUCUUGGUUGAACUCAACUUGAUUAUGGGC